GCAUCCCAUCUAGACAUUUGCACAUUUAUGACUUACAAUGAGAGCUAAUGGGCAAUUAAGUGUGCUGCGACAUAAUCCAAAACAAUCGCUAAGAAUUGACGGUUAGUCAGAGUUGUUUUUAAUUUCAUUUUAAAGAUGGGUAGAAUUAUUUAGUACUUGGAACUCAACUAUUCUCAUAUUUUAUGUCCUGGUGUAAUUGAGUAUUACAGCUCCAUAGAGUUGAAAGCAACCUAAAAAAAAAAAUUAAGAGUUGACGGCUUGAAGUGAGGUGUAUCAUCGUUUUCAAAAAUGCACACGUCUGCUAACUUUAUUCUACGUGGCGGCGACGCAGCGUUCGCUAAUAGACAGAGAUUAUUAUUUGAUCAGCUUUCGAUUGCCGAAAACAGUUGUAAUAAACGUGUCAGAUCUGAGGUGGAUGAUGAAAUGGACGAAUGCGAGAGAAAUUUAAUCUUGAGAGAUGAUCAGAAACAGAAAAGAGAGACUAAAAAAUUUCGCGGCAAGGAGAGUAUCUUUAAACGUCCCGAGGGUCCAGCACCACGUACGAAUUUCAGAAAUAUUCCAGACUACCACAGGAAUCCGCACAAAUGGGUCAAGUAUAGUCUGGAUGAUGUAUCCAGCGAAGACAUGACGGAACGCAGCAAUAUGCAAGCUGCCAUGUCAUUUCUGAAAGAACUGAAGGCACGCAGAGAAAAUGAAGAAGAUGAUGAAUGUGAAGAGAAGAUGGAUAUUGAAUUUGAAUCAGAUUCGCAAGAUUCUGUGGAGUUUAAAUCUAAGAAACGUACAUCAACAUCACAAAUAAGAUUUAGAAAACCACAGACCAAAGAUGCGGCAGAAAACUCUGAAACAACUGUUACAGACAGCACACUUGUUUUCAAAAGUAGUAAGAUUAUCUUGCCAGAGUACGUGGUUGGACAGAGACCGAAGAAAAUAUCUAAACAGAAUAGACCUGUGGUUAAGGUUGAUCGUUCAAAACAACUUAGAUUAGAUCAUUUACAAGAACCAGACGAAGAAGAAGAUAACAGAGACGUAUAGUGUAUAAAACUAUUGUACACAAAUAUUUGUAAAGAUUAAUUAUAGAUAUUGUCACAUGACAACACAUAUUUUUAGUUUAUUUUAUUUUUAAAUUGGGAUUUCAAAAUGUACGGAUGUUUAUAAUCUUUAUAAACAAAUAUAAAUACUUAUUAAAAUUCAUGCAUAUUUUUUAAUUGAUAUCUGCACAAUAUUCAGUGCAAAUAAGAUUAUACACUAUAUUACACAAAUAAAAAAUGAAUUAACGAAUAUAAAAUAUUUAAUAACAAGUAUAUAAAUAUUUAAUCUCUUAUAAGAUAAUCUAAUUAUUUCAUCUAUAUAUCAUGUAAUACCAAGAAAAGAAAAGAAAUAGAAAUAAUUAACAAA